AGAAAGGAGAGAGGUACCGUGCGUUGCAUCACCAGUAGAGAGGGGGGCGAGAUGGAGAGAGAGAAGUGAAAGGAGAGCAUUAGUAAUACUGCCAGGCGUGCAGAAAGAUACUACAGCACCGUGAGCUGCGAUACGGGCGCCAUAAAGAUAAAUAGCCUGAGAAAUAAAGACAGAAACUAUAUAUGAAGUCACGGUUAGAGGGCCGUUUGAGAGGGUCUAAAAUAUGGCGGUAUGUGGCAGCUUGAGUUUGCUUCGCUCUCUCAUUCCCCGCUCCAGGCCGCUGCUAGCCACACACAGGCACUUGCACGGUUUAAAGCAAGGUGUGCAGGGUAGGGCAGUCUCAACGCCCUCCUAUUGCCGCGUGGUAGCUCUCAAAAGGGUGAGGAACCUGGGUGUGUGUGGCAGUGAUCUGAGGGCCGAGUCAGGGCUGGGGCAGUCUUCCAUAUCAACCAUGGCUCCAAUUAGCACUGCGGGCCUCCAACCGGCUCAGAUCGUGGAGAAAUGCAUCGCUGAGAAUAAAGUGAUGAUAUUUAGCAAGUCCUUCUGUCCGUUCUGCCAUAAGGUCAAAGAUCUCUUCAAAAGCCUCAAUGUGCCAUAUGAAGUGCUGGAACUUGAUCUUGUCGAAAACGGGAGUGAGAUCCAGGGGGCACUGCUGGAGAAGUCUGGCCAGCGCACGGUGCCUAAUGUGUACAUCAGCGGGGAACAUGUUGGCGGCGCUGAUGACACGUUUGCUACCCACGCCCGCGGUGACCUCAUGAAGCUGGUGAACAAGGCCGCCCACUCUUACGAUUAUGACCUGGUGACAUUGGGGGGAGGCUCUGGCGGGCUGGCAGCGUCCAAGGAAGCGGCUAAUUUAGGUGCAAAAGUAGCAGUAUGUGAUUUUGUUCAGCCCACCCCGCGCGGCACCACCUGGGGUCUGGGCGGCACCUGUGUCAACGUGGGCUGCAUUCCUAAGAAGCUUAUGCACCAGGCGGCCAUAUUGCAGGAGGGGCUCAAGGAUUCACGAGAGUAUGGAUGGGAGACUCCAGAGGGGAUCACCCACGACUGGAACAAGAUGGUGGAGGCGAUUCAGAACCACAUAGGGUCCCUCAACUGGGGGUACCGCGUGGCUCUUAGAGAUAAAAAAGUAGAUUAUCUCAAUGCUUACGCGACCUUUGUUGACGACCACACGCUCAAGACAGUCGACAGGCGAGGUAAGGAGAAGACCAUUACUGCGGACAGGAUUCUGCUGGCCACGGGAGGUAGGCCUCGGUACCCUGACAUCCCUGGAGCCAAGGAGCAUUGUAUUACCUCCGAUGACAUCUUCUCUCUCUCGUACGCCCCAGGGAAGACGCUCCUAGUAGGGGCGUCGUACAUAUCGUUGGAGUGUGCGGGGUUCCUGGCUGGCCUGGGGUAUGAUGUGACUGUUAUGGUCAGGUCAAUUUUGCUGCGUGGGUUUGACCAGCAGAUGGCGGAGAGGAUUGGCGCUUAUAUGGAGAAACAUGGUGUUAAGUUUAUUCGAGGAGCUGUGCCUAGUGCCAUAGAACAGGUAGAGGAGGGGAGUCCAGGUCUUCUGAAGGUAACCGCACAAACCACAGAGGGAGAGGAGGUGGUUGGGGAGUACAACACUGUGGUGGUCGCCAUCGGGAGGGACCCCUGCACCGCCUCCAUCGGCCUUGACAAGCUGGACAUUAACCUGGCAAAGAGUGGCAAGGUUGUGGUGGACGAGAGAGAGCAGACGUCCGUGCCUCACAUCUAUGCUGUGGGGGACAUCAUUGAGGGUGGCCACGAGCUGACCCCUGUGGCCAUCCAGGCGGGGAGACUGCUGGCCAGGCGUCUUUACGGCAACGGCACACUGCUGACGGACUACGAUAAGGUGCCCACGACAGUCUUCACCCUGGAGUACGGCUGCUGCGGGCUGUCGGAGGAGGUGGCUGUAGAGAGACAUGGGGAGGAAAAUAUUGAGGUUUUUCACUCCAAUUACCAGCCUUUGGAGUUCACCGUCGCUCACCGGCCAGAGAACGACUGCUACGCCAAGCUGGUGUGCCUCAAGACAGAGAAUAAUCGAGUCCUGGGGUUCCAUGUACUGGGGCCAAACGCAGGGGAGAUCACACAAGGAUUCGCUAUUGGUUUAAAACUGAAUGCGACAAAGGCAGAUUUUGAUAACCUAAUUGGCAUUCACCCCACAACUGCUGAGAUAUUCACAACGCUGUCCGUGACCAAGAGCAGUGGCCAAGAUGUCGCUGCACAGGGAUGCUGAGGUUAAUUCUGCUGUGUUAUGCUGUGUGCACCCCCACCACACCACCACACACCACCUGUCUCUGUGUGUGUGCGUGUGUGUGUGUGCUUGGGGGUGUGUGAGGCAGCAAACAUAGCUUUUUUUAAUAUUAUCUGGGUUUUAAACUAAAGGUGCCAGUGGAGGAGGAGGAGAGGAGGAGGAAAGGUGGAAGGGAGGAAGAAUGAUGUAUGAAAAGGAGGAGGAGGAAGAAGAGGAAGACUGGUUUUAUUGUACCUCCUUUUCUUCCUCCUCUUCCUCUUCCUCAUCAUCCUUUGCUUCCUCUUCAUUCUCUGUUUUUUCUACCUCCUCAUCUUCUUCUUCUUCUUCUUCACUGGCUCUUGAUAUGAAGGUUAGCUCGUUAAACCCUAACGAGGGCAGGGUUGACUGGACAGGUGUGCAAAACCCAGGUAAAUCUCUCUCUCUCUCUCUCUCUCUCUCUCUCUCUCUCUCUCUCUCUCUCUCUCUCUCUCUCUCUCUCUCUCUCUCUCUCUCUCUCUCUCUCUCGUUUUUUUUUCCAUAUUUUCUAUUGUUUUUAUUUUGUUUAUUCCUUUUUCAAUUUUUUGUAUCAUUAUUUAUUGUCUUAUUAUUUUUUUUUUUAUUAUUGUUAUUACUGCUAUUAUUUUUAGUAUUCUUAUUGCAAUUAUCGUACUUAGUGUUGUUGUAAUGUAAGCCUUAGUGCAUUUUGUAGUAUGUAAUUCUUGUAUGUAAUUUAGUGCAGUAUUCUCACUAGUUGUAAUUUACAUUUAAUUUUAUUUAUUUUUUCCUUUAGCAUCAAAUGUAUUUAGAGAGGAAACUUUUUUUUUGCUUUUAAUAAUUCAAAAGUGAAAAUUUUGUAUGAUGGAAGUGCUGUUAUUAUUAUUAUUAUUAUUAUUAUUAUUAUUAUUAUUAUUAUUAUUAUUAUCAUCAAGUUUCAGUUUCAAUAUAUAUAUAUAUAUAUAUAUAUAUAUAUAUAUAUAUAUAUAUAUAUAUAUAUAUAUAUAUAUAUAUAUAUAUAUAUAUAUAUAGAACAAUGUAAUGGUGGCGAUAAAUAUAAAUAGUGAUGAUUAUAAAAGUGUGAAAAUAAUAAUAAUGUACCUCACCAACACGGCUUGUAUCUAUGCAAAUACUUUAUCCUCACGUGUUUGCUGUUAUGCUGGAAAAAAAAAUGCAAAUAUAUAAAGGUUUUACAUUAGCAUUCACUCGAGGUUCUAGUUCAUUUUGGUAUGCGGUUUUUUUUUCCCCAUUAAACGUUCGUUGAUGGUUCGAACUUUAGUAUGAAAACAAACAUUUGGUGCAAAUAUACAAGGUUAUACAUGUUCCUCAUGGUUCCAGUGUAUUUUAGCAUACAGAAAAGAAAACAUUGCAGAAAAAUUUCAAUUUUUUUUUUUUUUUCAUUAAACAUUCAUUGAUAGUUCAUGGCUUUCCUGCCAACAAAUAUACAUAAAUUUUGCAAACCAUCAUGAUUUUAGUAUGUUUGUAUUAUUGUAUUGUUAUUGUUGGAAAUAAAAAUAAUUGUAUGAAAUGAAA